AUGGAUCUGCUGUCAGGAGUCCCAGACUUCAACGUGGUGAUUUCAGUGUCGUUGAUUGUGGUGGUUGUGUGUAAGCUGGUCCAUAGUUACCUCCAAUACAUCCGCUGGGCAAAGGAGUAUGACCUUCUGCCUGGGGAACGGAACACACACUGGCUUUGGGGUCAUUUGCACCUGUAUCCUGGACCCAACGAAGAGGGCUUGGCAUAUCAAAGGCUACGUAUUAGUCAAUACCCAAUCUUCCAUCGAAUUUGGGUCGGUUUCUUUCGUUGUAUAUUGAUUUGCCAUCAUCCAAAAUCUGUGAAGUUUAUACUCAAGUCUUCAGAGCCCAAACCUACUGAACCUGGAUCGUCCUAUGUGUUGGGUAAAAGCUGGUUAGGAAAUGGACUCCUUCUUGCUAACGGUAACAGAUGGGCAAGAAACAGACGACUUCUGACCCCUGCUUUCCAUUUUGAUAUCUUGCAGCCUUACAUGACGGUCUUUAAUGAAGUCUCAGACACUCUGCAGGGAAAAGUGGAUGCCUGCUGUAAGAAGGGACAAUCCUUUGAGCUUUUUAACUUUAUUGGGAUGGCUUCUCUGGAUAACAUACUCAGAUGUGCAUUUUCUUUUAAAAGUGAUUGUCAGGUUUUAGGAGAGAGUCAUCCAUAUGUGAAAGCUGUGAAUGAACUCAGUGACCUCUGGGUCACAAGGUCAUUGAAUAUUUUCCAUUUCUCCGACUUUAUUUAUUUUCUAUCUGCUAAUGGUCGUCAGUUUAAAAAGUACAGUGACUACGUUCAUUCUGUGGCGGAGGAGAUUAUUCAGAAAAGACAGGAAACACUAGAAAAACAGGGUCUACCUACCGGCCGAAAGUCACGAUAUCUCGACUUCUUGGAUAUAUUAUUAACAGCUAAAGAUGAAAAUAACGUUGGAAUGACACCGUUGGAGAUUCGUAAUGAAGUGGACACUUUUCUUUUUGAAGGUCAUGACACUACAACCAGUGCAAUGUGCUGGACCUUGUACUCUCUGGCCAAACACCCGGAGUGGCAGCAGAAGAUCCAGGCCGAGGUAGAUCGUGUCCUGGAGGGGCGUGACUCCGACUGUAUAGAAUGGAAUGACUUGGGAAAAUUGGAAAAUCUUACUUUGUGUAUAAAGGAAGGCCUGAGAUUGCACUCACCUGUGUCUUUUAUACAAAGAAAAACCACACAGCCGUUUGUUGUGGAGGGAUACCGUAUUCCUGUGGGGACUUCCUUAGCCAUUCAGAUAUAUAAUCUUCAUCACAACCCAGAUGUGUGGGAUAAACCCAUGGAAUUUCAUCCGGAACGUUUCCUUCCAGAGAACUCAGUGGGCCGUGAUUUUUAUGCCUUUGUUCCUUUUUCAGCAGGGCCCAGAAAUUGUAUUGGUCAGCAUUUUGCCAUGAAUGAACAAAAGGUCACACUUGCCCGACUUCUGAGAAGAUUCACCCUUGAGCUUGACCCUGAUCACAAAGUAGCAAAGAAAAUUGGCAUUGUGAUGCGUGCUGCCGAUGGCAUCAAAGUUUUCGCUAGACCAAGAAAAGUUUGAUAUGGUGUUUAUAUCAUCAUACUGGCCAAAGGAAGAUGCAACAAAUGUGUUGUUGAUGAAGGAUUUGUUACAAGGAAGGCUCUAUACAAACACUGUAUAUAUUAAUGUGAAAAUUAUGAGAUAAUGAGAUUGAAAAUUUGUAAACCAAAUUUUACAAUUAUUGGUUAGUGUU